UCAUUUUCUCUCACUAUCGCUCAACUGCUGGCCUUUGGUUUCUUUAAGCUCCUCCUAAAACCCUCGACUCUCGCUCUUCCCAAAGUUCGCAUACAUUCAACAGUAAACGUCGUCGUCGCCUCUGGUCGCUGCCUGUCGGCGAUCAUCGCUUCCGCCGAAUUUGACCUGAACCUGUCAUUUUUUGUGAAAAACAAAAGGCAAUGGCCAACGGUGCAGCUCCAUUUUCAGAAAUUGGCAGGCGUGCAAGAGAUCUUUUGAGUAAAGAUUACAAUUAUGAUCAGAAGUUCUCCCUCUCAAUUCCAAGCUCUACUGGAAUGGGACUUACAGCUACCGGGAUAAAGAAGGAUCAAAUCUUUGUUGGUGACAUAAGUACUCAGUACAGAAGUGGAAAAGCCACUGUUGAUGUUAAAGUUGAUACCUAUUCUAAUAUAUCCACCAAGGUGACAUGUGACGUGGUGCCUGGAACAAAAGCAGCAAUAAGCUUCAAUGUUCCUGAUCACAAGUCUGGCAAGCUUGAUGUGCAUUAUCUCCAUCAUCAUGCUGCCAUCAAUUCCAGUAUUGGGCUGAAUCCAAGUCCCCUUCUGGAGGUUGCUGCAGCAAUUGGCUCCAAGGAUGUAGCUAUUGGUGGUGAAAUCGGAUUUGAUACCUCCUCUUCAUCUUUUACCAAGUGCAAUGCUGGAAUAAGUUUCAGCACGCCAGACUUUUCUGCAGCCCUUAUGUUGACUGACAAGGGACAAACGGUGAAGGCUUCGUAUGCGCAUUUGGUUAACCCGUUGACUGGAACAGAGGUUGCUGCCGAGAUGACCCACAGAUUAUCUGGUUUCGAGAAUAGCUUCAGCAUUGGAAGCGUCCACAAGGUUGAUCCUCUCACGUUAGUGAAAACCAGAUUCUCAGACAACGGAAAGGUUGCUGUACUGAGCCAACGGCAAUGGAGGCCUAAUUCAAUUGCAACAUUUUCAGCAGAGUACGACACAAAGGCCGUCAACCAAGCUCCAAAGUUUGGCCUUUCCAUUGCUCUCAAACCCUGAAUAUGCUGUCACCUCUGCUGGGCUUCUACUUUCAUGAGUUCCAUUUGAACUUGGUACAUUUUUUAACUUCCCAGAAGGCUUAAAUUUUCAUUAAUCUGUGCGGGAAAUCAGACCCGUUUUUGACCAUAUUGAUAUGAUGAUAAAUGUCAAAAAGAAUUUGUUACAUGAAAAUGGAUAUUUGUUGUAAUUCAGGCCAGUAAGGCAAUAAUGAAAUUUUCCAGUUGGAGUUCUAUUUGCCAGUGCUGCUUUUGACUGGUAUGUA